UGGAAAUGAUUUGUUGUUGUGAGUUGGCAGUCGAACUUUCAAAUGUGAACAAGUAACAUACGUAACAUAAGGUGAAUUCUCCUCCUGUUUGUCCACGUCGAGUGCAUGGGGUAUUUUUCGGUGUGAGUCUGAAUUGAAAGUUAGAAUGAAGACCAGUAUUUUUAUAAUAUGUCUUGGAGCUUUGGUGGCAGUUAAGAGCAGUGAAGAAGAAGAAAGUUCAGCACGGCUUCUGAUUUCCAAACAGAUUCUAAAUAAGUUUUUAGUUGAAGACAUGGACAUUAUUGUGAAGUACACCAUCUACAACGUGGGCUCCAGUGCGGCCCUGAACGUGCAGCUGACGGACAGCAGUUUCGCCGCGGACUCGUUCGAUGUGGUGGGCGGGCAGCUGAGCAUGCGGCUGGACCGCGUCGCCCCGGGCACCAACGUGUCCCACGUGGUGGUCGUGCGGCCCAAGCGAUACGGCUACUUCAACUUCACUGCUGCAGACGUCACUUACAAGGCUACCGAGGAUGCCACCGAGUUGCAGGAGGCAUUGACGAGUGAACCAGGAGAAGGAGGCAUCGUUGCCUUUAGAGACUACGACAAGAAAUUCUCACCUCAUGUGUUGGACUGGGCAACAUUUGCAGUCAUGACACUGCCGUCGCUGUUGAUUCCGUUCUUGCUGUGGUACAACAGCAAGUCCAAGUACGAGAAGCUAGCGAAGAACAAGAAAGAGAGGUCCAAGGAGUAAACGUACAUAUUUAUGAAUUUUUGUAAUCGGGAAUAUAUUUCCUUAUGGUUGAAAAUUUUUUAAUAAAAGAAAAUUAAAUUUUUCAA